CAUUCGAGUUUUCACCCUUGACCAAUUUUAUCUCCAGUUUUCGAGGGUGAUUAUGUAAUAUCCAUAUAUCUAUAUAUAUCUAUCUCCAUACAUUUAACUGCAUCUGUAAACAUUACAACUUAUUAAUAAUAAUAACAAUUCUACUAAUAAUAAUUUAAAAAAUUUUAAAUUCGGAGCAACGUAAGCUUGCGACUCCAGCAAUAACAAGAAAUCAUCAAGUUUUUUAACGACGCUAUAAACCAACAAAAAAGUAACGUUUUAUUGACGCGACGUUGUGUCUGAUCUGAAAAGCUCUGCUCUCAUCUCUAUUUUACUUUCAUUCUGUGGUUUAUUCGUAUCUAUUCAAAUAAAUAUAUAUAUAUAUACAUAUAUGUAUAGAUAUAUAUAAAAAAAUUUUUGCAAAUAAACGUCUGCUGUUGUACGAUACUGCCCUAUUAUUAUCAUGUCUAUCAUUUGCGUGUCAGAUUUGAGAGGAAGAUACAAGAAAAUAUCGAUUGAUAUUUUUUUUUAUAAUAACUAAUGUCUACUUGAUUGAUUGUAAUAAAAAAAAAGUAAAAUAGUCGGAUGAUAAUAUUAGCAUCGAUGAGACAAGAGAAUAAUCCAAGGCUGGAGCUUGCGAGGCACCUGAAAGAUUUUUUGUUGCAGUUGCGGAAUGAGAAAAGCUCUGAGAGGCUCGUAGGUAAAUAAAUGCAAUGAGUCUGAUUCUGGAAACAGAGUUAACGGUAGUAGGUCACAGCCUUUAUUGGAGUGUGAUCCCCAGCAUUGUGUUGUUGUUGUUGUUAUUAUUGUUGUUGUUAUUGCAAUUGCAAGCUCGGUUAUACCUGUCAUCAGUAAAAAUAACCUGGCUAUUGCCGCCUGUGAGUGAGUGUUCUGUCGGAUUUUUCUCAGCUGCUAAUUUUUAAAAACAAGAAAAUUUAUAAUAAAAAUACGACGCGGCGUAAAAAAAAUAUGAAUAAAAUUGGCGGGAUGAGGAUGGAAGAAUCUUUGAAGCGCGGGAUAAGUUGAAGAUAAUAAAUAAAGUAAUGCUGGAGUUUUAGUAUAAAGAAUAAAAGCUCGAUUGAACUUUUUUUAAGCUCGAUAAAUUUUUUUUCAUGUUUUUUUUCAAAUAGAACCUGGAUAUUUUAUUUUAUAGUUUAUUUUUGUUAUUUAAUUUAUAGAUUGCCGCGUUUUUUUUUAAAUAAUUGUCUUGGUAGCAGAGUCGAGGAGCUUUAAAAGGGAGGAGAGACUGAUGUUUAUUUUAAAAUUGGUGAUAAAGAUGGAUAGAGAUAUAAAUUUAUGUGUCGCGUAGGUGGCGUAGAUAAAAAUUAGGUAAAGUGUAAAGUGUCAGUGACUGGAUUUAAAUAUUUUAAAAACAAUGGGGUGCGAUCUUAGCAAAUUGGCGUCAUCGACGACGCAGCCUAGUCAAGGUGGAAGAGAAUCACCGCCACCUCCAGCAGCGACAGAUCCGCGAUUACCAUUAACAGCGAGACAAAAAUUUACCAUUAUCGCAAGUUGGAAAGCCGUUGCACGAGCUAUGGAACCAACUGGAGUUUAUAUGUUUGUCAAGCUCUUUGAAGACAACACCGAGCUCCUUAAUCUAUUUACCAAAUUUCGAGAACUUAAAACAAGAGAACAGCAAACUGAGAGCAUGGAACUCGCGGAACAUGCAAAUACAGUUAUGGAAACUUUAGAUGAAAGUAUUAAAAGUCUGGAUGAUAUGGAUGCCUUCUUAACAUAUCUGCAUCAAGUCGGCGCAUCUCAUACCAAAAUACCGGGAUUCAACAAACAGUAUUUUUGGAAAAUAGAAACACCGUUUUUGGAGGCUGUUAAACGCACUCUCGAGGAUCGCUAUACGGAUAAUGUGGAGACUAUAUAUAAACUUACGAUAAAGUUUAUAAUAGAGACGCUGAUCGAAGGGUUUGACAAAGCCCAGAAGUAAAAUAUAUAUAAAUAUAUAUAUUACGUUGCCAAAUGUUGAUUUUUUUCUACAUUUUAUUGGAGCAUUUCAACACAAAAUAGUGCGGCGUAUUUUAAAAAAAAACAAUUACACAAUAAAAUGGUCCAAAUUUAUGACUGAGACUUACUCGAUCGCUGCGCGGAUACAUUCUAGUCAAUUCCGUAUAUUAUUACCUGUAUUAACUAUUUUUACGGUCGAUUCCUCGUAUAAAUACUCGAGAAUGUUUGGGCAGAGAUACAAAGAGGAGGAAAAGAAGAAAAAUAAAUAUAUGGAUAUAGAAAAAAAAAAAAAGGGAACUUUGAAUCGAUGAAUCGUCUGCACGCUCGGGUGUGUUGAAAACUAAUAAUUACAUACUUAUUACAAAAGUGAAAUAAAAUAGGUAAAUAUAUAUGUAUAUUUGCGCGUGCGUGGAUGUGCGAGCGGAUGAAUAUUUGAGUUUCAUUUACUUUCUGUAUAAUUUUAUAAUUAAUAUGAAUGACAUGAUUAAGUAAAUGAUAAAACCGAAUUAUGUAAUAUUUAAUAAUUAUUAUUGAUUAAUAAUUACCAUUUAUUAUUACGUUAGUAAUAAAUGGAACAAGUAUUUAAAAAUUAAAGACAAGCGGCGGUUUUAUCCCCUCGCUACAAUGUCAAUUUAUAAUGGGGUCUUUUACCUAAAAAGAAAAAAAAAAAAAACACGUGUGUGUUCCUUGAUUAUUGAUGACGACGCAUAUAUUUUAUUCAGAUAAUUUUCCUGUCACGUUCAUCCGAGUUAUUUUGAGAAAAAUAAAUUUUUUUUUACUCAUGCGUAAUUUGAAUUAAAAUAAUAAGAGGCUUCCGAUUGAAUAAACGGUAAUCGGGGAUGAACAUGACAUGUUGACUUCUCUAAUUGAUGUAUGAAUAAAACUAAAGAAAUAAUAUACAAACAUAUAUAGUAUCUUCGUAAAUAUACUCAGAAACAUGAAAUGGAGGUACAAAAUAAAAGUGUUUUACCGAAAGUCUUCAAGAAACCAAAAAAUUAUAAAUAAAACAUACAAUAAAUAAAUCUAUGUACACAAUAUAUUUAAAAAAUAUAAAUAUGAAAUGUACAUCCUGUGUUCUGGAUUGUAAUAUAAUAAUAAUUGCCC